UACAGAAAACCUCACAUGGCAGGUUUGAUAUUCCCGUCUUCACCACGAGAAUUUCCCCUCUGCCAUUGAGCGAAGGAGGUAGCUCCACUGUCCCCAUACUUAUAGUUCGUGACAGGCGGGUCACGUGUUCGUCGUUAAAGCAGCGGCUGCUGAAUCAGGAAGCUGGGGAUGCCGGCCCGGCACUAAUCAAUGGGUUUGUUCGAGAUCCAACCAGCUUCAACUGAUUGAUCUUGUCAACUACUUUAGGCAGUUUGCCCAAUUCUCUCCUAUUAACUGGCUUCGCGACGAUAUCCUGGUUAACUGCUCUCCGCCGCGAUCUCUUGGUCAUUGACACGUUCACCCCUCUCCAUCAAUCAUGGCUUCAAACGAGGCCGCCUCCGUCUCCAACUCAACACCAGCGCUCUACGAGUCCGGUCUAACGAUCCCCUCCGAUUCGGAGAUCUAUUCAGCCAACCAUGACGCCACUUCAACCUCAUCAGACUCGCCUUUGAUCCUCUACAGGCCCUCGACAACCCUCUGGAGCAUCGUCCGCGGUGCUGCAAUCAACCUGGUUCUUCCGUUUGUGAAUGGCUUGAUGCUCGGAUUCGGUGAGCUCUUUGCACAUGAGGCAGCAUUUAGGCUGGGGUGGUCCGGGACAAAGAUCUUUCCCACCUAUCGGCGGUCUAGACCUGCAGCCGCGGGGCUCGGAUUAUAGAGGCAGCUUUCGCUGGAGUAUGUUUGCAGGACACAGAAGAGCUGUGGGUGGGCAAUAUCGGGAAACAAAUAGACAUUUAAAUUGGACAUGAUGCAUGGGUCGAUUUUCUGGGAUUUAGUGUUGUUAUUCCUGCUUGAACGGGAUGCACCUGGAGUGAUGUUUACAUGUAUAUACAUAGACCCAAGCAGGCAGCGCAGUAAUUAUCUUGACGGCGUUCGGCGAGCA